AUGCGUACCGACCCUGUCUUCCAGAUGAAUUUAACAUGGGUAUUUACGCUUGUUGCUUUUUCAACAGUCGCUUGUCACGCCCUUUAUGACUGCCCUCGUCCAAAGUGUGAAACAUGCCUUCCAGCCGAUAUCUAUGAUGCCCCGGGAGUCGGGUUCGACCUCACACCUUCCUACGGAACAUCCGCCGUACAUUAUUAUAAUGGAACCGUCGUCGAAGUUGUCCAGAUCCAUGGCAAACCUGAGUACCUUGAGCUUAUGACACGCCUUGCAAAAGGAGGCAAGCCCAUAUUAAUGGAAGAUCAAGGAAUUCUCCAAAAGUCCUACUUUAAGCUAUUCUCUCUUUUGGAUUCUUUCUUGGGUCUCCCUUUUUCAGCACGGACUGGGUGGUGCUGGUUGAACGAAAAGCUUGAGCGACCGCUGAAAUCGGACGAUAUCAACAUCAUUAGUGAAAUGCUCUGGAAUCUUAAGCUUGCUACAGAGAAGCAGAUACGUCAAGAUCUGAAUAGGGUUGCUAUCACAACUCCCGAUAUACCAACGUUGAGUCCAGAAAUGAUCAAUACUGCUCUUCAAGAGUUAGAUUUACAGACCUGGACGGGUGAUUGUUCAUGGUACCCAAGACGUCUGAUAGAGGCAGAUGCUGUUUAUGCUGCUAGUGGCUAUGGACUAUGCAAAAGCUACCAUGAUCUAUGGGAGUGUGAUGAUGAGUUUUAUUUGGCCGGUUCUCCGGUAAUUCUUUUUGUUUCCUUCACUCGCCAUCUGUUAUACACCAGCAUUACUAUACCCAAUAAUGGUGAAUCCCUGAUGCGUUUCGCGUACGAUGAGAUAAAAGAUCUUAACUUCGAACUGGGGCUGGAUCAAAUUCUUGAAGCAGAUAAUCCGGACAUAUUAUGGGCUCGUCUCCGUGAGCAGAUCACAACUUUUUCUCAGUCCUCUGAGUUUCGAAUCACCGGUUUUCUUUUAGCUGGUGAGAGCACGACGAACCCGCUUUUUCAGGAUAAUUUGAAAGACGCCUUGGCCGGGCUGUCGGGACUUCAUAUCGAGCCAAAAAUAGCCCCGUUCGCCUUGAUGGGAUCUGUCCAUGGAGAGAAAUCCAUGGAUCUGACUUUCGCAGCUGCUCGGGGAGCAGCCUUGUAUGCAAGGAGGCGACAAGAAGUACAGUGCGACUGCUCAGAACUUGGAGAAUGUGAAUUAUCACGACAAAAAGAGAGAUCAGGUGGCCAGGUGAAACUGGAUUUAUGA